CUCCCAGAUGUCCUAAGCGGCAUGAAGAUAAGUCGCGCGAGUGCCGCUUGAAGUUCAUGGGGCAAGACCAAGCCUUAGUCAUGAUGGGCUAGUCCUCGGCGGACGGACAUACCGCUAACAGUGCGUGCGAGGUCCGCGGAUUACUACACAGAUGGGAGAAGGUCGUUUACCGAGCAGGACCAUGUGGAGCCAAGUGAUACUUUUAGGAUCUGUAUUAAGUGCCUGCUAUGCCUGUCAAGGAAGGACGUGCGGUCAGUGUGUGACGUCAGGAGGAAACUGUGCCUGGUGCUCUGAACUGGUAAUUGUCAACCCAGAAGACAGAUGUGGCACGAUAGAGGAAAUCAACAAGACCUGCUCCAUAGCGAACAUCACCUUCCCCAGCAACAACAUCGAAUACAACGAAAACAACAAUGUAACCGACGGCGUGGACGGCAAGGAGUCGGUGCAGCUGCAGCCACAACGACUGACCCUGCAGAUCCGCCCCAAUUCCAAAGUGACGGUUCCGCUGCGGUAUCAGGCUGCCAGGAACUACCCAGUGGAUCUCUACUUUCUCUUUGAUUUAUCCUUCACCAUGAACACGCAUAAAAAAAAACUGGCUAACUUAGCUGGGAAAAUAGCUAACAAAAUAGGGUCGAUUUCCAACAAUUACCGUCUUGGAUUUGGAUAUUUUCAAGACAAAGUCAUUCUUCCAUUCACCAAUACAAUUCCUAGCCGACUGGUGGACCCAUGUAAUGCAAACGAGCGACCACGGUGUUCGGAACCGUACGGGUACCGACAUCGGCUAAACUUCACAAAAGACGUGUCGAUGUUCGUGGAGAGUGUUGAAACUGCCAACGUCACUGGGAACAUAGAUGCACCUGAAGGAGGCCUUGACGCCAUCAUGCAGGCUGUAACAUGUGAGAAGCAGCUAGGGUGGCGCGAGUCUGCAAGGAAACUUCUCAUCUACUCCUCCGACUCAACGUUCCAUGCAGCCGGGGAUGGAAGGCUUGCUGGCAUUGUCAUCCCUAAUGAUGGCCAGUGUCAUCUAGACACGACUGGGAAGAACCCACAAGAGUUAAUCCAGGAUUAUCCGUCGGUGGGUCAGAUCGCCUACUGGGUGUCCAAGAGAAAAGUCAACAUCAUUUUUGCCAUUGCCAACCAAGAUGCCAAAGACGGCUACGAUAAACUAAGUGAAGUAAUCGUUGGUUCUAGCGUCGACGUCCUUGACGCAAAUUCAAGCAACGUCAUCAAGAUAGUGAAAGACAACUACGAGGCUAUUAUAUCGGAAGUGACGCUGAAAGUGGACGCGCCGCCUAAUGUAACAGUUACUCUGAUUCCGGAUUGUACCUCGAAAAACAAGGUUUUGCCGGACAAGUGUAAAGGAAUAACAAUAGGGAAGCCGGUUGACUUUGAGGUUGAAAUUCUGGCCACCGGGUGUCCAGCUGACCCCGCCGACCGGGUACAGAACAUCACGAUAACACCCGUCAAUCUGCCGGAGACUAUGACUGUCACCUUGGAGUUCAUAUGUCAGUGUGACUGUGAGAAACCCGGAAGAGGAGAGGCGAACAGUUCCCGGUGCAGUGGGGGAAAUGGUACCUAUCAGUGUGGAGUUUGUUCCUGCAACGAGGGACGUUUCGGCAAAACCUGCGAAUGCAACAGAGGAGACCUGUCAUCAAGCGAGACAGAGUCAUGCCAAGGUCCCAACUCGACUGUUCCGUGUUCUGGUGUUGGGAAGUGCGAGUGUGGACAGUGUGUAUGUAGACGAGGAUACAGCGGAUCCUUCUGCGAGUGUCAUGACAACGCCUGCCCAACCUACGCUGGACGCACGUGUGGUGGCCCGACACAAGGCCGGUGUUCGUGUGGAGUGUGUUUCUGUAACGAAGGGUACACCGGCAAGAGCUGUGAGUGUGCUACCAGCCCGGCCGGCUGUCUAGAUGACAAACAGGAACUGUGUAGCGGUAACGGUACCUGUGUGUGUGGCCAGUGCAAGUGUCGGGAAGGCUACGUGGGUCGACUCUGCGACAAGUGUCCGACGUGCCCAGGUGUAUGUGCCGACAGCCGCACAUGCGCAGAGUGUGUAGCCUUCGGGACCGGACUUCCGGAAAUUGAAUGUCUAAAGAAGUGUGGUCACGUGGUGAAGGUCGACAACAUAGACGAAGAUGACAAUGGAACAUGUAAACUCAAGGACGAAGACAGAUGUACAAUGAAGUUCAAGGUCAUUUACAACAGUGAGCGGAACACGACGAUACAUGUUCAAGACGCCAAAGAUUGCCCCAAAGAGGUGGACAUCGUGCCCAUUGUACUGGGGGUGAUCGGGGGGAUUCUGGCAGUGGGGCUACUGCUGUUGAUCUUGUGGAAAAUACUGACGUCCCUAUACGACGGGAUAGAGUACGCCCGCUUUAAUGAAGAGAUAAAUAAUCCCCAGUGGGGCCAGGUGAGGAAUCCAAUUUUUAGAGACCCUACAACAACUUUCAACAAUCCAAAUUUUGAAAAAAGUGAACCCUUGGCGGACGAUUAGCCGAGAGGUAAAGGAUGACAUCAUCAUCGUUUAUUUAUAUCCAUGUUGCCUUGACAGUAUCCAAAGUCGGUGUUUUGAAAGACAACGAGAUUUGAUUACAUUCAGAUAACAUGGAAUCACAAAUAGGAGAAGAACGUGUGUUCGAAGUUGUGAAAAUGACUUGAAUGAAGUAGCACCUCUGUAAUACGACCACCUCGAUUAACCAACAGUAUCGACGAAACAGAACGCAGAAUAUGAACCAUGCGCAACCCGACUGUUUCUUUACAUACAAACCGACUUGUUUAUUUUCACAAUAACACCAAAAAUUGACAGGGUGCAUAAUUUUUUUGUCGGAAGGUUGCUAUGCUAUUAUACGAUCGAGCUUUUCACAG